ACAGCAGGCAGAGAGAAAGCAGCUGACCUCCUCAGUGGUCUCCUGUGACAGCAGACGUUGAAGAUGUUUGGGCUGGAGGUGUUUCUCCUGAUCUUCCUGUGGAGCACACAGGCUCAGGACGUCCACACUGAGGGUCAGCACGUCCUGAGCACACAGGCUCAGGACGUGCUGACCCCCAGUGUGGACAUUAUCAGGGAACUGGACAAGCUCAGAGCUCUGGAGCGAAGAAUGAAGGCCAUGGAGGCUGAAAUGGCUGAGCUGAAGAUGAUGAACGAAGGACUUUCCAGGAGCCUGGGGAUCAUUACGAAGACCAUCACAGAUCAGCCCAAAGUGGCGUUCUCCGCUACGCUGUCCAACCUGCAAGAUGGUUUUAAGUUCCUGGGCCCGUUCCAGAACACGGUCACCCUGGUGUACGAGAAUGCCUUCACAAACAUUGGCUAUGCCUACGAUCCACAAACAGGAAUCUUCACGGCUCCCCUGGGGGGAGUGUAUUAUUUCAGCUUUUCACUCUUCCACCCGGUCGGACCUGGUCCUCAGGCCAAGACCGGGGCGUCCUUGGUGAAAAACGGGGUGCUGGUGGUGGCUGCCACAGAUAACGCCCCGGGGGCGGAUUCUGAGGACACUUCUGGAAACUCCGCCUCCAUCCGGCUGGAGGAAGGAGAUCAGGUGUACGUGCAGCUUUGGGAGAAGCACAGGGUCUACACAGACGGAAACAAGCGCAACACCUUCAGUGGGCAUCUGCUCUUCCCAGUGUGAAUCUCACCUCACUUGGCUGUGGACGCCUUCAGCUGAUGCUCUAAUGCUGGGCGCCUAAAGUUGUAGCGUUGUAGUUCAGGUUAAUUCAAAUGUACUAUUAGUAGAGCUUCUAUGAAAUAAAACAGUAUGACUUCAGUUUACUUCUUAUGUACUACACCGCUUCCAAAAAAGCUGUGACGUUCUGCAGAAUGUAAAUAAAAACAGGAUGGUCUGCAAA